UCAGCCUGUCCUAAGGCAUUUCUCACAAUUGUAUGUUAGUUGUCGAUAAGCUAGGCUUGAGCGAAGUUUCCGUGAAUAACUUUAACAUAGUUUCGUUGCAGUCGGACCACGCUGGGUGUACGAAAUGGCGAGAUUUCUUUCCUGGAUCGUGGGGCUCUUUGCGCUGAUUUCCGCUUGCGGAAUUGGUGAAAUUUUAGCGACUAUACCGCAGCCGAAGGCACCAAAUUUCCAAUACUUCGAAAGGCCGAAGUACCGUUAUCCGUAUUACGACGAAAACGGCCGAGGAAGACUUCUGUACGGGUAUGGCGGACCAGAACUUUACCAAUACAAAACUUACAGCGCUCUCGAAGGGAUACACUAGCACAGCUAACCACAUGUAGCUGGAAAAGAUCUACUGACUGACCAACUGAGCGAAUACCUCGGUAAAACAGCACCGAUCUAACGAUAGUAUUUAUUUUUUUCAUCUUCCAACUCCAAAUGGUGGGAGGAUUUUCGAAAUUAUCGUGUACCAAACAAUCUAAUGUAUCAUAGGUGAGAAAUAAAUUUAGUUUCAUUAA